UUUUUCAAAUUAAUUUAUAUGCAUAGAAAAACCGAAUAUCUUCUAAUAAUAAAUUAAGCGCAAAAAUGCUUUUAAGCAAUCAACCGGCGAAUACAAAAAAGCCUCAACAACCGCCGCCUUCAACGCAUCCGCAUCCGCCGCAGAAUUUUAAAUCAAAGUUACAUCAACAAAUAGCUACAGCAGCAGCAGCAGCCGCCACAAUAAACGUAGCCAACGGCCACCACCAUCACAACAAUAACAACAACAACAACAACACUCAUAGCCACCACCAUCAUCAUCUUCAUCUGAAUAAUCAUCACCAUCAUCAGCAUAAUAUUUCCUUUGCCACGGAUUUCUCAAUUGCCGCGAUUAUGGCGCGGGGCGGAAACGCCUCAAGCAGCCGCGAACCAUCGGAAAGGAGUUUGAGUCCAUUGUCUGUAGAGCGUUAUUCGGCUCAGGAUGGGGACGAUGAUGUUGACGUUGAUGUGGUUGACUGCAGUGACUCUGAAACGCCGACGGCAGCAAAUGCAACGGCAGCAGCAGCAGCAUCUGCAACAGCGGCGGCAGCAGCAGCAGCAGCCCAGGCCCAGCAACAUGCACGUCAAGCAUUGCGUGUUGCACACCAGCAACAGCAACAACAACACCAACAACAACAACGUCAGCAGACUCAUCACCAUGCAACGCCAAACAAGCAACAACGCCAACAUCACAAUCAUCAUCACAACAACAACAACAACAACAACAGCAACAAUAACAACAACCACAACAAAUCAAGCAGCCAUCGAGGGCGUGCCUCGGCCGCCACACCAAAUGCUGCCGCCGCAUCUGGAUCAGGCACGCCCUCACCGCCCCCGCCAGCACACAGUCCAUCAGCCGAUGCAGAUGCAGAACGCCUGUCGCCAGAGGAGCCUGCGCAGCAGCCCACGCCCAAAAUACUCGGCUCAUGUAAUUGCGAUGAUCUCAUGCCAAUCCAAUGUCAUCUGGAGACAAAGGAGCUGUGGGAUAAAUUUCAUGAACUGGGCACCGAAAUGAUCAUUACCAAAUCGGGCAGACGAAUGUUUCCAACGGUGCGUGUAAGUUUCUCAGGUCCAUUACGUCAGAUACAACCGCCGGAUCGUUAUGCCGUAUUGUUGGACAUUGUUCCGCUGGACUCAAGACGUUAUCGUUAUGCAUAUCAUCGCAGUUCGUGGCUGGUGGCGGGCAAGGCGGAUCCACCACCGCCGGCACGUAUUUAUGCACAUCCUGAUAGUCCUAUAAGUCCGGAGGCAUUGCGCAAACAAGUCGUGUCCUUCGAGAAGGUGAAGUUGACAAAUAACGAAAUGGACAAAAGUGGACAGGUCGUGCUAAAUUCCAUGCAUCGAUAUCAGCCACGCAUUCAUUUGGUGCGUUUAAGCCAUGGCCAGAGUAUACCCAACAAUCCCAAGGAGCUGCAGGAUAUGGAUCAUAAAACCUAUGUAUUCCCAGAGACUAUAUUCACAGCCGUGACGGCAUAUCAGAAUCAAUUGAUUACCAAAUUGAAAAUCGAUUCGAAUCCGUUUGCCAAAGGAUUUCGCGAUUCGUCGCGACUGACUGACUUUGAUAGAGAUCCCAUGGAUGCAUUCUUCUUCGAUCAGCAUAUGCGCACAGCCCCAUUGCGCUUUUUUCCGGAUCCGUUGAUGUCACAGCUAACGCCACAAGAGGCGGAUGCCGCUUCCUUGGCCCUGCUGGAAAAGGCCCGUCAGCAUUUACAAAUGUUCGGACGAUCGCCGUACACAGAAAUGCUAUUGCCUCAUCUCUAUCAACGUUCUGCCCCACCACCACCGCCACCGCCAGGCCCACAUCUGAGUGCAUUUCAGCUGGGCAUGUGGCAACAACAAUGGCCCCAGUUGACUGCCGGUUUCCUGGCCAGCGCCAAUCAGCAGGCUGCAUUUGCCGCAGCAGCAGCCGCCGCAGUAGGCGCCAGCCGUACUCCUCCUCCGCCACCAUUAGCAACAGCACUGACAGCGGCACCCCCUGCCCCGGCAACGCCCACAUCAUCAUGCGGCUCGGCCUCACCAGAUUUGCGUGUGAAAACCCAGCUGGGCCAUUACCCACAGCGUUUCAGUCCGUAUCAGGUGCCUCAGCAUCCUCAGACCUCCUCGCCCCCAGCGUCGACGCGGGCAGAGAGUCCCUAAAUGAGGAGACCCAAAAAGAAAUAUCCUUAAAACAUCCUAAAGUGAAAUGUAUGUGCAAUGUUGUUGAAAUCAUAUUAUUUUCUAUUGUAAAUAACUCAACAUUUUAAGCAGCGACAUUCAAGAAGAGAAUGUGUUGUUGCAUGUGAUGCGAUUAGAAAUCUUCAAACAAAAAACAAAACAAAAAUUAAAAAACAAACGCUUUUCCAACUCUCUAAAAAAUGCAAAGAUCAAAAUGACCCGAGAUUAAUUAAUUUCAAAAUAAAACCAAAAUUUGCAGUUUCUUCUUGAUUAAUACCAAAUUACAAGACUUUCUUGUGAAGACAAGAAUUCUAUCCAUCAUAACAAAUCUUUGUGCGACAAUCUAAACAGCUAAAAAGGAUAUAAGCCAAGUUAUUAGACAAGUCAAAGUCUAUCUUGACAAAAAAAAAAUCAGGAUUUAUAUUAUUAGCAGGCUUUGCUAAAGACUUUCUUUAUAUACAUAUAAUUUAAUCUUAAAAUG